UCUCCACUUCAUUAUCGCAAUUAUGCAUGCAAAAUUAAUGGAGCAAAAGCAGACCACCCAAAAAGAUGUCGAGGUCUUAAUUGUGCCACAUAAUGUGGCAACAAAGUGGUCGAACGGGUUGGAGGCCAACACCCAAAACAUCCAAUAAUGUAUUUUGUCGUGACGCACUUUGAUUGCUUUUGUGUUUGGUCAAGAAUUGAUGUAUGGUAAUACUCUUACUCGUAUGUAGGCAGAUAUUGUUGGCUCCUGACCUCGCCAGCAUCCGCCCCGUUGCGUUUUUGGCCAUGUUUUUGUUUUGUAGCUCAACAAAGGAAACCGAAAGGAGAGAAAGAAAGACAGAAACAGGGACAGAGACAGAGAGAGAGAGGGAGAGCCGUAUAGUCAGUGGCGGCUGCUCCAUUUCCGAGCGAUUCGCGUUGAAAUAUUAGACCAGAAGCAGACAGUAGACACAGGCUGCACAGACGCAAGGCGCCAACUUAUUGAUUCGUUGUCCCCGUCGCCAGUCCGCCAAUCCUGCCCCAAACCACCGAAAAAGGGAAAGCCUGAAAGACGGUGGCGGCAGUGGCGGCACUGUUGGCAGUGGCGGAUGCUGUAUGCCACACAACACAAAGAGGUCCGUGCCGCAGAGAGAGCUCAGUGCGCGUCUGGCUGUGUGGAAGUUGGGCUGUGUUGGCUCUCUGCGGUUUUUUCUUUUGUUGAUAUCCUUUCGAAUGCAGUAGAAGUGCAAAAUUUGAAGCGAAGCCAUGCCCACCACCUGUGUUUUUCAGCUGGAUCGACUGAAUCCCGUCUACAACAGCGGAGAGUACAUUAGCGGACGCAUUCUGUUACGAACGGAUAAGGUGAAGCGCGUCAAUGCGGUCUAUGUGACACUGGAGGGCGAGGCCAAGGUUCAGUGGACAAUGAGCGGGAAGAGCGAAACGGCCAAUUAUUCGGGCCAUCAGCAGUACCUGCACUCCCGCACGAAUGUCUUCGACAACACCCUGUUCCGUGCUGGCGUCCAUGUCUACGUCCUGACUCUGCGCAUCCCGCCCGAUUGUCCAAGCAGCUGCAAGGGGCCCUAUGGCUACAUUGCCUAUACCAUCUCCCUGACCAUCGACAAGCCCUGGGGAUUCGAUGAGGUCUUUCGCAAGCCCAUAACAGUUGUGCAGACAUUGGAUCUUAACUUCAAUACAGAGUUUGCGCUUCCGGUCAAGGAUGAGAACGUGAAAUAUCUUUGCCAUUGGCCCUGCGUUUCGGGUCCCAUUUGCUCGUCCCUGGCCCUGCCUGCCUCUGGGUUUACGCCCUUGCAGGAGGUGCCCUUCCGCCUGGAGGUGGACAAUCAAUCGCCGCACUACGACAUCAUCGGCGUGGAGGUCUCCAUCAGGCAGCACUUUGUCUUCCUCUCGCGCAAACCAGUAAAGCGCAAUUUCUAUACCAAAACGCUGACCAAGGAAUUGAUCACGGAUCGCACUCUGCGGCUGUCCAAGCGGCAGUAUGAGUCCAGCAUCUGCGUGCCCAUGGACACGCCUCGUUCCACCUUGAACACCAAUUACAUUGUCUUUCUUCACUACACGCUGCAGGUGAAGCUAAAGACGGGCUGCUUUCACUACGACACGGACCUGUCCGUGCCCAUUAUUGUGGGCACCACAUCGCUGCAGCAUUUGCGGAGCUCCGUCCACACCACACAACCGGCGGUGAGGACAACCACCCCGGAGAGGCAGCGACUGAUAGAGCGAGUGUCACCCCGUCCCCCAGUGGUGGUCGAGGAAGAGGAGACGAUCCUGGAGACGACUACGGAUGAUCCGCAUCAGGCGAUAGAUGAUGAUGAGCCGCCCUCGUACGAUAGUUGCCUUCCACCUUCCUUCAGCUUUGCCACUCUUGCAGGCAGCCAACAGACCCUGGAAAGCCAUGGCGGCCAACAUGUGGUCCUCCAUCAAAUCCAUAUGCCCAAAUUUCCAGGAUUCAGCACUUUUAUUGGAAGGGCUCCGGCCCAGGGAAUGGAGGAUUCCGGUCUGGACAUGCAGUUGUAUCGUUCGUAUGGCUCUUUGAACACCGAUCAAACGGGUCGUAGUCUGGACACCUUUGGUUCCCUUUGCGGUCCACUGUCCGAACAAGUAGAGCUAGAGAAUGAGAACGAAGUGCAGGUGCAAGUGGAAGUGGAGGUGGAGGUGGAGGUGGAGGUGGAUGUGCCAGCACAAGUGCAUCAGCCACGACCACGCCCUCGCCAGAUAGAGGCCAUUCAGCAGGAUGAGCAUCUAUUUUAGGAAUAAAAGUGUCUUAAAUCGAUAGCGAUAUACGUAUUAACAUCCUAAGUAACAUAAGUGUUCAAACCAAAAGGCUUAAUCCAUAUACAUUUUGUAGGGUGGACCCGAGUCCGUCGUCCUAGGAUUACAGAGUGAAACGAACUUAUUGAAGUGCCAAAAAACAUACAUUUUUCUAGCAUAUAGUAUAUGUAUCUCAUUGCUUUUUUACAUCCAAUCCAUAUAAAAAUAUAUUCGAUUUAUUAUAUUUACCACAAUAAUUAUCCUAAGUACAGACUAAUACGUUCAUCAGUGGACAAUAAAUAAAGGUAUACCUACAAAUCAAUUUGUUAA